AUGUACGAUGGCAAUGACGGUUACUACAACGAUGAUGGUGGUGGCCGACGAAUGCGACAUCGAAUGCUGGAGUUGGCCGAGAAGGAAGCGCCCCUUGCUUCAGUCGAAGCAGCCGCCCCCGGUCAAUUAGAAGCCUACAAUGCAGAGUUCUGGGGCGAAUACAAUGAGCUUCAAGCAAGUCGGUCGCUGUAUGAAAACAACUACGAUGUUGGAGACUGGAACAUGUGCCAGCGUAUCUACAAGUAUGGGGUUUGGUGUGACGAAGAGUGCCGAGCCCUCGAUUUCUUCCGAAUACGGCGAUCGGCUCACGCACAGCACUCCCUGUGUGUGCAACACUUAUGGCCUGGACUGUCUCUAAUCAUCUGUGCCAACCGUUUUGUGACGGGGGCAAUGAUAGCUCACUAUCGUAGGUUCGCCAAAACGAUCCUGACAGCCAAUCAAAUAAGCGAAUAG